AUGACUGAUGAUCGGAAGCUUAGACCUGUAACCGAAGCAGAUUGGUCGGUCUUCGAGCAAUAUGCAUCUCGGGUGCGGAUUUUGGGAAACGCAGAUUUUGAUUUUUUCGGAGGCAUAGACGCGGAGUUUGUCUACGCCAUGAUAGGUUUUUGUUCACAGUCGCUCCUGGUGCCCAACCUUCGAACACUCUGCUGCAAAGGAUAUCGAUAUCCUGAUGUUUUCCAUUCGUGUAUGCGUUACCUCCUGGGUCCCAACCUCAUUUAUCUGUUUGUGGUUCCCCCAACAGAGGGUUUUUUGUCCAGCACCAUGCCUUCAGUGUUAUCAGAUCUCGACAGGCAUUCACCGCAAUUAGAAGUCAUCGAGUUCGUCGGACCACAUUCAAUGUGCCCUCGAUUAUCUCGUAUCGUUGGUCUUCAAGAGUUGCAGAUCGUCCUCGUUGGAAUUCUCCCUCCCCUCAGAUCUCAGUUUCGUACCUCUUACCUGGAAAAAUUAGUCAUCCACUCAUUCAAUUUGACCACGAAUGGAAGUUCAGUAGCAGGGUGGGUUGUUCCAUACAGACAGCUGCAGCUCAUUCCUACCUUUACUGAAUCCGCGGUUGCCAUCGAACGUGUCCUGCGCAUGUUGGACCAACGUCUACUUUUUGAUGUUCUGGAGCAUAUCCUACUAGACGUAGUAUUCGGGCCUAAUCAUAAUCAUAUCGACAAUGCAUUCACCCUGCAAACAUUCACUCCCCUUAUGCGCUUCUCCAGUCUGAAAGAGGUUGACCUUUCGACAUUUUGUAUGUCAUUGCUUGAUGAUGAUGAUCUUGGUUCCAUCGUCAAGUCCUGGCCACACCUCGAGUGCCUUUAUCUCGGGACGAAAUGUUUCUGGCAGACGCCACCCAAAAUAACCUUUCGGGGUCUUGUGACCUUACUUGCUACCUGCCCCGAUCUCAGAAACCUCGGUUUGGUAUUCGACACUACGAAGGUAGAUUCGCCUACGGCUGAGACAUUAGGUCGUGGGGUCUCUAACACAAAUAUCACCCACUUUCAUGUUGGGUGCUCUCCGAUUGAACAACCACUGCAGGUUGCGGACUCGCUUUCGGUAGUUUUGCCGUGCUUGGGAGAAUUUAUUGUCGAGUCCCGGCUAGUUAAGCCUGGGGGUCAGAGCGGUCCUGACCGACAGGCACGAAAUGCCAAGUGGGGAGAGGUAUUGGAGCAUACUUUAAUCAAGCAAGAGAGUAACGCUACAGUGAAGACCAGGAAUGUGACGAGCUGGCUCACGCGAAAAGUAGCUCGGCGCGAGCGAUUGUUGAGAUGUUAA